AGAAAGGGGCGGGCUAUGAUCCCACCGUUGUCCAUGCAUGGAUUUUUUAAAGUGCAUCCAUUGGUGCACUACACCAUCAGUCAGCCUCAGCAACAAUACUAUAAAACUGCAGCAUCUGAGGUUUGCAGACAGAUUGAAUCAGGACUUUUCAAAGGAUAUGGAACUCUUAUAACAACAUACUCUGCAUUAAAAGAGGACAGCACCAUGCCAUUGUCACAGCAGUAUGUUUCCAAAUGGACUGAGGGAUGCCGCACCACUCAGAACAUGGAAACAGUAAAUGGUGUGCACAAAACCAUGAGUAAGGACGGCGACAAUGACGACGAGGAUGGAUUCAACAGAAUGGAAGAGCGUAACGACGAUGAGGAGCAGGGGGAAGAAGGAGGGUCAGGGGAAGACGAGAGCCUUGACGAUAGCCCAAAGAGGAUUGGGACCAAGAUAAAGAAAAUGACAAAAACCCGACAGAGGUUUAAGGUCCGGCGCAUGAAGGCCAACGCGCGCGAGAGAAACCGUAUGCACGGGCUCAAUGACGCGCUUGAGAGUCUGCGUAAAGUUGUACCUUGCUACUCGAAUACUCAAAAACUCUCCAAAAUAGAUACAUUGAGGUUGGCAAAAAAUUACAUAUGGGCUCUCUCUGAGACCUUGCAAUCGGAUGAAAGUCCAGAUUUGAUGUUGUUCGUGCAGGCUCUAUGCCAUGGACUGUCCCAGCCCACCACCAAUCUAGUGGCAGGAUGUUUGCAGCUCAACCCCAGGACGUUUUUACCGGAGCAGGUCCAGGAUAUCCCAUCUCAGGUGCACCAAACAUCGACUGCGUCCUUCUCUUUGCACCCCUCCUACCCUUACCCUAGCCCGCCAUAUGGUACAAUGGACAGCUCCCAUAUCCACCACUCCAAGCCCCACACUGUCGACAAUGCGCUUGAGCCGUUCUUUGAAACUACAUUCACAGACUGUACCAGCACCAGCCACCGGUUCGAGGGACCCCUAAGUCCACCGUUGAGCGUGAAUGGGAACUUUUCCUACAAGCACGAGUCAACGGCAGAGUUCGACAAGAACUAUGCCCUUUCGAAACAAUAUGCAACUCAAGGUCUGGCGGGAGUACAAUGUCUUCAUCCUUUUUAUGCAAGCUCAUCAAAGCACUUUGAUAUUCUCAUGGACAACAUGAUGUCGUUUGAGACUCAUCACGAGAGGAAGCUGAACGCUUAGCUCAAUGCCAUAUUGCCAGAAAACAUGAAACACCUGAAAAGUCUAACAUUUUGGACAGUGAAUGCACUUGUAAAUGAUGUAUGUAUUUAAUGUAUCCGUUACUAAUGUUAGUAUGACAUACAAUUAUACUGUUUCAUUCUUCUCUGUGAACUUCUUGAUAGAAAGAUCAAAUGAGUCUGUAUUGCCCAACCCAAUCGUGUACCAAGACCAAUAGUUUGCAUUCAUCAAAUAAUUGUUACAACAAACAAUAAUGGAAAUAAAAACAUUUCUAUAUGAA